AUGACGGACGGCAGGAAGAGUAUGCUGUACUCGGAGUUCCUGCAGCUUUGGGCCUCGGCGGUGCGCCUGGUGGACACUCGGGACUGGGAGGGCUGUCUGUCCACACUGGAGCAGAUCACUCAGCCCACGGCACGCACCCUCUUCAACAUGUCCUCCGCCCACCUGGCUCUGGGACGUCCCGACCUGGCACGCAACGCUCUAGACCUGGCUCUGGUGAAGGAUGAGCACCUCGCUGUGGGAUUCUUUCAAAGAUCAACUGUGAUGAUACUGUUGGAACGGCUGGAGGAGGCUCUGUCCGACUGCAUCUGGGCUCAGAAACACAUGAGAGGAAACUCGGUCAUCGACUACAAGCAGCUGGGCCUGAGGUUCAAGCUCUACAGCUGGCAGGUCCUGUACAAUGCUGCAGUGGUCUACUCUCGGAUGGGACAGUGGGACCAGGCCCUGGAGGUGCUGGAGACCGUGUCCAAGGAGAGGACUGAAGGGAAGGGGCCCAAUGUGGAGAGGGCAAUGGGCAAUGUGAAGAAAGGAGAGGUUCUGGCCCCACUGCUGAUCCCUGAGGGGGUGGUGUUUCGUCCAAACAAACGAGAGGUGGACCAGCUCAAAGAAAGAGACUUCUUGGGAAAGGCUAAGGUCAUUCACUCUAUGAUCCCCAAUGACGACUUUGGAGGAUUUGAACCUUUAAGAUUACAGAAACCUGGAUUUUAUGAACCAAAGGGUCAAGGCGCUCCAGAUUCUCGGUACAUGCGAGUCAAGGCACCGCACAUGUCACGUGGUGCAGGACAGCUCACGGUUCCAGGGGGCGCCAUUGUCUUCCUGUUCGGAGAAGAGGACAGAGACGGCAUGACUUCUGUUAUCUAUGAUGGCCAGAGAGGACUUGUGCCUGUGUCAGUGCUGGAGCCAGUGGAUGUCCGCUCGACCAAAGGCAAAAGAGACAACAGAAUUCCAAAUGGUAUCCCUCUUCCCCCUGAACUGCAGCCUCCCACACGGCCUCAGGUCACACCCACCCCGAUACCGCCCCCUAGAGCUGGCCGUUCAGAACCCUCUCCUCCGCCCUACACCACUGCCCCCAGUUCUCCUCUGCCAGAGCCAGACAGCACAGAGAACCAGCUCCAGGACUCUGUGUUGAGCUCUGAAGCGGCCUCUGAAGCGGCCUCAGUCCAGGUGAAGGUGCACUUCCUGCAGACGCUGUCGGUGCAGGUUCCCCGGGACUCCACCCACCAGGAGCUGAAGGAGAGCGUCGCACGGGCCCUUGGGCAGGCUCCGACCAACAUAGGCCUCAGGUGGAGAUCUCAUGGCUCUCGAGUUCUGCUGCCUCUGGACCAGGACUGUGGCUCUCCUCUGCUUCAGCUGGAGGAGUCUGGGAAAGUCCAUCUGUGGUGCCAGAAAGAGGAUCCCCUGCAGAACCGUACCAUCCUGUACCAGAUGGUGGCGCUCUAUGACUACACUGCCCAGGGCCCCGAAGACCUGGAGUUCAGUGAGGGAGACACCAUAGACAUCCUGGGGGAAGUGAACGAGGAAUGGCUGGAGGGGCACACUGGGGGGAACGUGGGCAUAUUUCCUGGAUGUUUUGCCUACAGAGAGAACACAAAGAUUCUGCAGAACACCCAGCUGUAG